CCGCCUUUUUUAAAUUGAACACGACACUGAAAGAGCAGACCAACGACACUAGAAAGAGCAGUUCUACAGAAUAGCGUUCAGUCUAAGAGGUCCAGUAUUUGGUGUCCCUUCAGACUGUAUAAGAAGGAUGAUGAAAAAAAGUGGCAUUAAUCAGUUAUGGGCCAAAUACAGACAAAAGGGGCAAAAGGAAAAAGAGGCAUUCACAGGUCACCCUUUGUGCAGGAUAAUCACGAAAUGUUGUGCAAGAGUGUUCCCAAAAUCCAAGGUUACCAAUAUGGAGGAAGUAUUAAUUGGCUUCCUAAAACAGGCCCCACACAAGCCAGGAGGACCAAAAUAUAAGAAACCUGUAAGAAAAGGACAGACGACAUCGCAAGAAGAAUUGGAAUCUGAACAAAUAAAUCUGUUUAAAAUUACAUUGAUUCUACUGAUUUUAGUCCUUCCAAUACUGUCUCGGUUUAAGAGAUAUGUUAUCUCCUUGUCAACGCAAGAACCUUAUUGA